CGCGCACUAUUUAAAAAUAUUUUGCGAAAACCGAAAGCGUGGGCAGUCAUUGUAAUAUAAAAUGGCGGCUCGAAAAAAUGUAAACAUCAAGAAUGAAAGUAAAGUUGUGCAAGAUGUAAAUAGCAUACAAAAUAAAAUGCCAAAUGAACAUUUAAUAAAAAAGAUAAAAAAGAAAGAUAAAGAAAAAAAUAGUUCAUGGAAGUAUAUACUUAGCAGCAGUCUAAAAUGCAUUGCCUUCAUUUUAGUGCUGCCUCCUUUCUUGAACUUUGCUGCAUUAAUUCAGGAAGAAAAAAGUUUUAAACCAGAAGGAAUUAUGAUUGAUGUAAGACAUGGACAAAAGUUGUAUAAAUCAUGUUAUGGGCAAGGUACACCAACAGUUAUUCUGGAUGCUCCAAUUGGUUACUCUUCAGAUAUAUGGAAUUUAAUAUAUCCAGAAAUAGCAAAAAUAACAAAAGUUUGUAUUUAUGAUCGUGCAGGAUUAGGAUACAGUGAAAAACCAAAGUUAGGUAAUGAAACUAAAAAUGGUGGUCACCCAUACACAGUUGAAAGAAUGGUGGAAGAUUUUCAUAGAUUGUUUGAUGUUGAAGAAAAACCAUUAGUUCUUGUUGGUGCAAAUCUUGGUGCGUCCAUUGCAAAAUUUUAUACGCAAGUUUUUUCAAAUUCAGUUGCCUAUGGAGUUUUUAUCAAUCCAAUAUUUGAAGAAUUGUUUCUUGGAGAAGAUAACCCAUGGAAUAAAUAUUGGUUUCAUUCACUUCUACCAAGUUUACAGUUGAAGCACUUUAGUGCAGCAUUGGGUUUAUCAAGAAUAGGGUUACAAACUGGAGUUUUAAAUCACGCUAUGAAUUAUGAUACAGUUAACAUUGACGUAAUUAAGAGACAGAAAUAUCUACAAUGUAAACCUGGUCAUGUCAGCAGCAUUGUUGAAGAGCAUUUCUAUCUAAAUGAAAGUCUAUCACAGUUAAGAAUGCUUCAUAAACUGCGACCUUUUCCUCGUAUGGUUCCUGUACAGCUCAUUUGGACAAGUAAAUAUAGCGAUUCAAUAUCAAAUGAUAAAAAUGAGAAUCUGUCAAAGUGCAUUUUGCUGACUGUCAAAAACCAGCUGGUUAUUUUUUUAAAUAUUUUGAUGAUGAAAUAAUGGAUUCCAUCUUCUUAGAAAGUAAUUUGUAUAUCUAUCAGAAACAAAAAAUGUUUCUGUCAAAACCUGACGUGUUUGCAUUUAUGGGGAUUAAAAUGGUGAUGGAAUAGCAUGCAUUACCAUCAUGAAAACAUUGGAUUGGCUAACAAGAUUUGCCUGUACCAUUUUUUUCAAAUGCAUUAUUUUAGAAUAGAUUUUUACAGAUGCUAUCUAAUAUCCACGUCAAUGACAAUAACGCAGAUACUGAUUUUAAUCUUUUAACUGUAG